AUGGUGGCAAGAGUCGAGAUUCAAAAAGUCAACAACAAUCACCACAAGCGAAAGUUCAAUGGAGGAAACCAAGGUCAGCAGAAAAAGCAUCAAGUUGAAAAGGUGUAUGCUGUAACACUAUACCUGACUCCGACUCAACAAAGGAGUUACAUUGGAAAUAAAUCAUUGUGCACAAAAUGCAACCGACACCACAUUGGGGAAUGUUUCCAUUAUGCCUUAUGCAACAAGAAGGGUCAUAUUGCAAACUUUUAUCCAACCACAACACUUGCUGCAACAAUUCAGGACAAGGGUACCGGAUCAGGGUCAGGUGGAGGAGGAACAUGUUAUGAAUGCAGAGAGAAAGGGCACUUCAAAAAAUAUUUCCCAAAGUUGAGGAAAGGGGAUGGAAUUGCUCGUGGUCGGGCUUUUGUGAUUGGAAACAAGAAUUCCAUACAAGAUCCCUCAAUUGUUACUGGUACGUUCCUCAUCAAUAAUUUAUAUGCUACCAUUCUAUUUGACUCUGGUGCUGAUAGAAGUUUCAUAACUCCAUCAUUUAAACAACUAUUAGAUCAUGAGUCUAGUAAGUUAGAUGUAGCAUAUGAAGUAGAAGUAGCACACAGCCAGAUAGAGAGAACCACUGAAAUCUUAUGUAACUGUGUCUUAACUAUGAACGAUCAUACAUUCCCGGUCAAUCUAAUCCCUAUGCCAAUUGGAAGCUUCGGUAUUAUCAUCGGUAUGGAUUGA